UGAGUGCAGGUAUUGAAUGAAUCGGGAGGCGACAUUGAAGUAGUCCUGUUAUUAAUUAUUGAAUUAGUGAUUGAGCAACAAUGUCUUCGGUUCUGCAUCUGAGAGAGUUUGUCAACGAGCGGCUAACUGCUGCUGCUGAAGAAAUAUUCACAGUUUUUAAAAAGACGAUCGUGGAGUUCGAGGAAGAGAUCAACCGUCAGCGCAAACUGCUGGAUGUCGUUUGGACACCCGAAAUUAAAUUGCACAGGAUAGAGCUCCCACAGCAACAUGUCUGUAAGGAGGAAGAGGAGGAGGUUGUGGCUGAGCAGCAGCUCUGUAACCCGGACAGAAACUCCAGUCCAGACCAAGAGGACCCAGAGCCUCCACAGAUGAAAGAGGAACAGGAGGAAGUCUGCAGCAGUCAGGAGGGAGAGCAGCUUGUACUGAAGCAGGAGACCGAUACCUUCAUGUUGACUCCUAGUUGUGAGGAAAGUGACCACCAGCUCAUGUCCCACACCUGUCAUGGAGCUGAGAGCCAAGAUCAGAAAGGAGGCAGCCAUGAAGAUUCAGGAUCAGCUAGAAAUGCAGAGCCAAAAACAAAGAAAAUAAAUCACAAAAGUGAACAUGACAGUAACAAUAUACACAACCCUAACUUGUCAGAGAUUGACAGUGAUACUCAGAGAGUUGAAAAGUAUUUCAAGUGUGGCACAUGUGGGAAAGCUUUUAAAUAUAAGUCCCGAUUAGAUGUGCAUUUGAGAAGACACACAGGUGAGAAGCCGCAUGUGUGCAACACCUGUGGGAAAAGAUUCCUUUGGACAUCAGCAUUGAAUGCUCAUAUAAAAAUCCAUACAGGUGAGAAGCCAUAUUCAUGCAAAACCUGUGGGAAAACAUUCUCUUGGGCAUCGGGAUUGAACGCUCAUAUAAAAAGUCAUACAAGUGAGACACCAUAUCUGUGCAACACCUGCGGGAAAGGAUUCAAGCAAAUGUCAGCAUUGAAAGCUCAUGUAAGAAUCCAUACAGGUGAGAGGCCAUAUUCGUGCAACACCUGUGGGAAAAGAUUCAGUAAGAUAUCAGCAUUGAGCAAUCAUAUAAGAAUCCACACAGGUGAGAAGCCAUAUUUGUGUGCCACCUGUGGGAAAAGAUUCAGUCAGAUUUCAACAUUGAACACUCAUGUAAGAACCCAUACAGGUGAGAAGCCCUACCUUUGUAAGACCUGCAGUAAAAGAUUCUCUAAGAUGUCAGCCCUGAAAAAGCACGCAAGAAUCCACACUGCUUAAAAAAUAAUCAGAAAACAUCGGAGGGUUAUGAGACUUAAUGGUGCUGUGGUAGUCCACAUGAGAAGAGGCCCCACUGGAGAGAACCUUUGGCUUUGCAAGACCUUUGUGAAAAGACUAUUUGAUGUGUGUCAUUUGGCAAAGUACAUAAGGUCACAUACAGGCAUGCAGCCUUGUAUUUGCAAACUAUGUGUGUGAGACAAUUCAUUUCUCCUGGUUCGUUGUCAAAACACAGAAAACCUCAGAGAAGUGAGGAGCCUCAUAAUUGCAGCAGUUACUGGAAAAGUUGGACUCAAAUCUCAUACUUAUAUUCAUAUACACAGGAGACACCAGAGCUGAAACUCGUGUGGAGACGUGUUCACCAAAUACAGUCUUGCAAUAGCUACUUCUCUGUAAUUGACAGUAAAAUGUUUUCCAUAAGGCUGAGAUGUCAAUAUCUUCAUGUAAAGUUUCCCCUCAUAAUGUAUGACAUAUUUCUGUUAGCAACAGUUUUUCUGUGAAACAAUGAGACUCUCCCAAAUGGAGAAAAAAUGUUAGUUUCACAGUGAAAUUAGUGGCUGAUAAAGUGAUGCUGUAAUCUUGAUUGUUGGAUCUGCCAAAUGUUGACUUAUGAAGCCAUGUACUUACAAAGUAUUCAGAAGAGGUUUCAGUUCAGUAAGACGCAUAAAUUCACAGUGUGGCCAUAUGUUUGUCUUUGUAUUUUCAUACAUUACACUAUGUUUGAGCAAGAGCAUUUCUGAGAAUGAUCACAGUCCUCCUCCUUUAUCCUGGGAAUCUUUGUUUGACAGUGAGUGCACAGUGGUGGCUGUCGAACUGAUGGUGUCAUGUGGAUGACCGAUUGUUGUUUGGAUAAGAUCAUUUGCUGAAUAUCAUAAAUGCUGAUUUUUCAGAAGACCAGAGUCUUGUGUUUUUUGUCAGUAGUUCCAGUGUGCAGUCAGUUCAAAAGACUGUCAGGCUGAUCUAGAUACAGGUUGAUGGACAGGAAACAAGGCUGAAAACUGGGAAUUGCGUCACUUAUGUAAUGAAAUCAUUGUUAACAUGUAAGUAGCAGUAUGGUAAUUGUUCACCUUUUAUCCCAACUCAUGUAUAUGACAGGUGUGGUUAAAGAAUUCACUUUGCAUUUUAAGAUUUUAAGAGACGUAGACCUAUAAUGAGUGUAUAAAGAUGCCUUGUUGAACUAUCCAAAGGGUUGUAAGA